AUGGCCGUGAGCAAGAAAUACGCUGGCCUGCCCGACUUGGACGCUGCCCCCGAAGUCUACGAAACCCCCGACCUUGCAGACGACGUCUCGACAGUACCUACGGGCACAGUCCGGACCGGCUCCCCCUCUCCAUCAUCUGGCGAUGAAGUCCGCCCCGGCUUGGACCGCCAACCACUAGACCGCGAUGGCGCACGACGACGCUUCGAACCAUCUCUCGUCGAUGCCAAAGACGUGGACUUCUCAGAUUCCAUUGCUGGGACAAGACGCGCGUAUCGGACGCGGAGUUCGAGGCGACGGAGGAGGAGGAGGGGCCUGGAAAACGGAGGAGAAGAGGUCGGGGACCUGAGUGACAGUGAAGAGGAGACGCUUCCCGUCAAGUUGGCCAGGCUGAAGAGGGAGGCCGAGGAAGUGAGGCUGGAGUUGGAGAGCAGGGAGAUGGAGAAGGACGAGGACGCGGAAUUCCAGGACAGUGUCGAGCAGCAGGGGUCACGGAAGCAGGGCGAGGAAGAUGUGGACAUCGACGGCGUACACGAACUCAGCCGCGUCCUCGAUGGGUUGAGCACGAAAGCGAGGCUGAAGACGGCCGACACGGUCGAGGACCAGUUCCUGUCCACGAUGGCCUCGACAGCACGACAACGCCAGCACCACCGCCACCACCACCAGACUCAAGCCUCGCACUCCGACCCGGCUACAGCAGCGCCACAAUCAGCUCCGGCGACCCUCGCCGCCGUGGCCGACUUCUCAGACCGCCUCACUGGCCUCGAGUCCGCCCUAGGGAUCUCCUCUAUGAGCUCAGACUCCCAGACCUCUGCCAUUCUACCAACCCUGACAAGCCUUGCCGCACAAAUCACCGCCCUGUCUGCAACGCUUGCACCCCCAUCCACCACUUCAGCUGCCCCAGAGUCCCAAUCCCGGCCCAACGUGGCCUACCUCGACACAAUCUCCAGCAAACUGAAGACCCUGAUCGCAGAAUCCGACCGCCUCUCGCAGUCCCGCAAAGCCGCUCUGGCCUCCCUCGCCGAUCUGCAUGAGAAGCGCAUGCAACAACUCGUCUCUGGCGCGAGCGUGCAUGGCAACUCCCGUUCGGCGCGCAUGCGAGGUUUAUCCACCGCGAGCAGCACCGGCCAUACUCAGGGCAACAAUGAGGCCAAGCUCGACGGCACGACCGGCGGCGGCCCGGGUGGGGAAUCGCUUCAGAUUCAAUCGCAGUUGUUUCUGGACGAGCAAGCCAGCAAGAUUACGGCCUUGUAUCAUUUACUGCCGAGCAUUCAGGAACUCCAGCCGCUGUUGCCGGUCGUGCUGGAGCGGUUGAGGACGUUGAACGUGCUGCACAACGGAGCGGCGCAGGCGAAGGGGUUGAUUGAUGACCUGGAGAGUCGGCAGAGGGAGAUGAAGGACGAGGUGGCCAAGUGGAGAGAGGCGGUCGAGCAUGUCGAGAAAGGGAUCCAGGAGGCCGAGGACGUCAUGAAGAGCAACGUCGAUGUGCUCGGCGGGCGGGUAAGGGAUGUGGAGGAGAGGGUUGGACGGCUAGGACAGGCCAGGUAG